CAGUCCGGCGGUCUCGCUGGCACCACCGUCGACCUCUCCCUAUACCCACUCGACACGCUCAAAACGCGCCUCCAGUCUACACAGGGCUUCCUCGCUUCGGGCGGCUUCAACGGCAUAUACCGGGGCGUGGGCUCCGCGCUGAUCGGCUCUGCGCCGGGCGCCGCGCUAUUCUUCGUCACCUACGACAGCGUCAAAGCGACGCUGCUGCCACUGACACAGACACAAACACAGACACGAGACAGACACACCAAUGCGCUCGUGCACAUGUUUGCAGCGAGUGUGGGCGAAGUAGCAGCGUGUGCGGUACGCGUGCCGACGGAGGUGGUCAAGCAGCGGGCGCAGGCCGGGCUACACGCGAGCAGUCUGGACGCGCUGCGGCAUAUACUGCGGCUGCGGGGCACGGCCGGGUUUGCGCGUAUGUGGGCAGAGCUGUAUCGUGGGUGGGGCAUUACGGUGAUGCGAGAGGUGCCGUUCACAGUGAUUCAGUUUCCGCUAUGGGAGGCGCUGAAGAGCUGGGGUGCGGUGCGGAAUGGGGGGAGGAAGGUUGGUGCCGGAGAGAGUGCUGUGUAUGGGAGUGUGAGUGGUGCAGUGGCGGCUGGUGUGACGACGCCGUUGGAUGUACUGAAGACGCGGAUGAUGUUGGCGCGGGAGAAGGUUGGAACGAGGGAGUUGCUGAAGGCGAUAUUGAGGGAAAGUGGACCCAGGGCGUUCUUUGCGGGGAUAGGGCCGCGGGUUUUCUGGAUCAGUGCGGGAGGUGCCAUAUUCUUAGGGAGUUAUCAGUGGGCGGCAAAUGCGCUUGGUGGAGUGGAGGAGGAGGAUGCGCCGUGA